UGCAGCAGCAGCAGCAGCAGUAGUAGUAUAGCUGCUUGACAUCUUGCCAAAGUUCGGCCGCGCCGCUAGUCUCGUAUCCGCCACCACUGGCGCGCUUCCCUCCCCGUCGUGAAUGUGUUUAUUUUUUAAUAUACCAACGGCAUGUAUGAUGCAGACAAUACGUAAUGUAUUAUGACUAAUGCUGCCCCCGAGUGCUGUAACAGUCGAGGGAUGAUGUGUUUUCGUAUGGUACAAGGGCAGUUUUGCUCGACUGUGACGUGUGAUUCCGACGCCUGUCUUUGUGUUGUUGUUUAGAACUUGGUAUCUAUAUCGAUUCAACGUCAGGCGCACCGUGAUAAAGGGUGGCUUCGGCCGAUACUCCAGAUUUGUAUACCGUGUGUUGUGCGCUAUGUGAAUUGUUUACAUGGGUCGUCGUUACACGGCCAAUGACUCACAUUGCACCGGCGAUGCCGAGGUUUUCCAUGACAGUUCGAUUAUAAUAUGCCGUGAUCAGGGUGCCCGCUUUUCUUCCUAUCGCAACAUGAGCUGAACUCGAACUCUCGACGGAGGAGGCGCCGAUAGUAAUUAUGUUAACGAACGAUGAUAUAUGCACGGAAAAAAUGACGGAGUACUUCAUCGACAACGGGAAUCAGGCCACCCUCGCCUUCCCGGACGGCAAUUCGGCGAUCAGUGCCUGUCCGCUAUGCGGCCAGACCACCAGCAAAGCCAGCGCCAGGUUGAUCAGGGACGAGUGCGGCCACAUGAAGUGUCGGAUCUGUCUGCUGAAGGAGGAGCACGGCUGCACCAUUUGCCAAAACGAAAAGAAGCAGGAGGAGGAGAACAGCAAGAUCGAGGCGAUUGGCAAUUUCGAUUAUUCAGUUCCUGAGAGUAACAUGACAAAUGAUUUUGAUGAGCAAAACUGUGCACCGCAGCUGAUUGAGGAUAAACUGAACGACAACAAUAUAUACGGAGACUCUAUUUUUGAUGACAGACUGGAAUUGACUCAGGAGGAGGUAGAGAGUAGUCAGAAUGAUAAUACAGACUUUGCUGGGAUUGAUUUUGAUUUUGAUAAUACAGACAAGCAACAAUUGCCUAAAGAUGAUUUCUUAACACCUGUCGACAAAGAACCUGUGAUAAAUGAUUUAGACAAUUUACAAAAUGGCCAUGUAACAAGUACCAUAAACUACAAUGUCAAUGAAAGCCAAAUAAAUGACAGUGCCAUCAGUAAUGAAAACAACAUUGCUAUUAAUGUAACUCCAAGUUUCAAUGGCCAUAUAAAUGGUACUGCAAUUGAUACAGAUAUAAAAUCUAGCACCAACACAAAUAGUACAUGUCUUAAUUUAAAAGAUACUAUACAAAUGUCACCAAAUAUUAAUCAAAAUAAAAAUGCCAUGUCUCAGUUAAUAAAUAAUUUACCAAAACCAGUUGGUGUUGGUCCAUCGUGCAGGAUUAUUUUGUUGAGAAUUGUCAACAAUCAAAAUAAAAAUGUUGCACCUGGCUUAAUACCUAUAAAAUUACCAGAAUCAACUCAGGGACAAAAUUUGUUUAUAAAUCCCACUAAUAUUAUCAACAACCUUACUGUCGAGGGUUCUAAAAAAAAUGAACAAACUGCCGAUCCAGAAGCUGAUUUAUCAGAUUUUUUGUUAUUCAAUAAAAAGAAGCCAAAGGAAAAAGAUUUUAUCGAUAAACGAACUAAGAAGUAUAAAAAAUCCCUACUCAAGCAUAAAGCUAAUCUAAAAAACAAGAAGUCUAAUGGCUAUAAAACAAAGACUGUAGAUAGAAAAAUUUCAAAAGAAAUUAAAAUUAAGUCUGAUAUUAUAAUUUCCAAUUACCCUCUUAUACAGCCUAAGCCCGCCAACAGUACAAAUGAAAAGAAGCUAACACCAACCAACAAUGGCAAAUCAGUGUCAUCCAAUCAUCAACAAAAAGUAAUAACUGAAAAGCUUAAAGAUUCAACUCCUGAUUCAGCUGAGAAACCCAUUCAAGAUAGUAAUAGAGAUGCAACAGGUUUGUUGGGCCUUGCAUCGGUUGCAUCUUACAUCAAUGAAAUGGAAAAUUCCGAGCAACAGAACGGCUCGAGUGAAAAAUCGGACUGCGAUGACUCGACCAAAACCAAUGAAGAAAAUAAAGAGAAUACCAAAAAAGAAAAAACAGUGACCGAAGAUACAGCAAAAGAAAAUACAAAAGAAGAGAUUCCGUUCGACUCACAGCAGGAAAAUGUAAGACGAGGUGGUAGAAAUCGUAAACCGAAAGUAUUGCUUUACGAGGGGGCCGAAUUAAAUACGAGGGAUAUCGUUAGACAGUACAACAAAUCGAGCAGAUAUAGAAUGGAUUCUUUCAGCUCGGAGGAAAGUCAAACGACCACUGAGUUGUCCAACGGAAAAGAAAAUGAGCCAGUCGUGAAGAGAAAACGAGGUAGACCGAGGAAAAUAAGAGUGGAAAUGGAUUCGAACGUUAUCGUGAAACGUAAGAGAGGAAGACCGAGAAAAAACGAGGUAAUAUACAGCCAGAUUUUGAAAAAGGAUGGUGUAAAGCAGUCAAUUGUAAAUGAAAGCUCUGAAAAAGUAUCGCAUGAAGCACGGACCGGUGAUGAUAAGGAACAAAACAGCAACAAUGAUGACGCGAAAGAAAACGAAAUUGUCGAGGAAGAAGAUAUGAAGUUGAAACUCGACGGUUCGGAUGCCGAUGACUCUAGCACGAAUGCAAAUGAAAAACCGGAAACCAACGGCUCGACGGAAGACACGAAUGCAAAAUCCAAAGUACAAAAUACACCGGAGUCAUCGACAGCAGCCCCUCAAACGGCGCCAAUCGUCCGUAAGCGAGGUCGUCCUCGGAAGUACAACAUCGACGAGAACGGCACCAAGGUACCCAUAGCCAAGCAGCCGCCGCCGCCGCCAAAAGCCAAACGUCCACGAGGUCGUCCGCGUCGGGACUGGAGUCACAUCGUCGAGCAGGCCGACGGUCGCUACAAGUGCCAGGGCUGCGAUCGGACCUUCGGCCGCUACAACAGCAAGAUCUAUCACGGCGUGUGCUCGAAGGUGGCGGGCCAGGAGCCGCCGAGUCUCAAGUACAAGUGCGACAAGUGCGAUCGCGAGUUCGCCGCCAAGCAGCACUACCUGUAUCAUUAUCGCGGCCACACGGGCGAUCGACCCUUCAAAUGCGACCAAUGCAAGAAGGGCUUCAGGACCAAGGGAAAGCUCAAUCGCCACCUGAUGUGUCACAAGGAGGAGUACGAUAUCGAGUGCGACGAUUGCGGUAAGCUAUUCAAUUCGAAAGAUAAUUUAAAGAUCCACCUGACGGUUCACAAGAAGGAGCGAUUUCGCUGCCGAUACUGCCCGUCGGUUUACACCUUCGAGCACAAUCGCAAACGACACGAGGAAAGGCACACGUCCACCGAAUGGUUUAAAUGCGCAAAAUGCCCGAAAAAGUUUCGCACAAAAUUUUUCUUGCAUCGUCACAUGAGAGUUCACGGUCAGGCGCGGCCCUUCGGCUGCGAGCAAUGCGAUCGCUUUUUUCUCACCAGAUUUGAGCUUCAGCGACACGUCACGACGCACUUUGGUGAUAAGGUAUUAGCUUGCGAUCAUUGCGAGGAGCGCUUCUCGCGCACCGAAGAUUUCGUCAUGCACUUGCAAUUCAAUCAUCCCCAAUUGGUCACCAACGUCUUGAGUACCAACAACGUGAUCAGCACUGCCGACUGCCAGGGACAGAUAAUUUCCAACGACGCCGAAAGUCUCGCCGAGCUGGUCAAAGACGCGAAGAUAGAAAAUUUCAUGACGGAAAACGAGGUAGCCGUGAUCGUCAAGAGGCCCAGGGGUAGACCGAAAAAGUUGCCGUCGGUCACUACGAUACUGCCAUCUACAAUUAAAAAAGCACCGCUGAUCAUCGAGAGAUACGACGACGACGGUUUGAAGCCCAUACCACUCGAGGAAGUAGCCGAGAUCAAUCGCAAGAUCGAGGAACGCAUCGGUAUAGCCGAUCACAGCAACUCGCCCACGAACUUCAUUCACACCGAGUUGGCCGAUAAUGAGCAAUACAACAGCGACGACAGGGAAGACGCGAGCAGCAUUCACAGCCAAGAGCUCGAGCUUGAGCAGGGGGUGGUGGCGAUCAUUUCGUCUCAGAGCAAGGGCGGCGACGUGCCGCAGCACUGGAGACGCAGAACUGCCGAGUCUCUGAAGCCAAGGCUCAUGGAAGUGGAAGAAUAAUCUUUUUGUUUUUAUUUCUCCUUCCAAAGAUGCGCACAAUUUAUGAGAGAGAAAAAGUACUUGGGAACGCGUUUUUUGUAACGAAUUUUAAGCACGUUUUGUACAAUGAAGCUGCCGUUUUCGUUUGGUAUUAUUUAUAUAUACUUUUUCAUCGCUGCCUGCGUACGCAAAGAUAGUCAGGUGGCGUGAGAGGAAACGUUUUUGUGAUAUGAAAGUGAUCGUACAAAUUUUUAAGAUUAUUUUGUACUUCUAGUUUUUUGUAUGGAAAGGAAAUUUUGUUAUUUUUGUCCGUGAGACAACUAAUUUUUUUAUAUAUUUUAUUUUAUUGUUGUUAGAUUUUCUUUUGAGAUGAGUGAUACUUUGUAUUACUAAGAUAUAAAUGCUUUAUCAAUUCUUUCAUUCCUAGUAAGCGAGCACACGAUAUCAGAAUCCUAUUUUCAUUGUAUUUGUUAAAUACUUAAGCCAUUCGAAUAAGAUUUAUAACUUUACAGUAUAAUCUUUUUUUGAAUAGUGAUCUCAUUAUUUCAUGAAUAACAUUGUAAUCUACGUAAGAUAUAUUUGGUGUGUCUUUUUUUAUUAAUACUAAAAAUAAAUAAUCAGUAAUUUAUAUAGAUAAGUAUUAUUGUGUAGCUAUAGUGGUAGACUGACCACGCAAAAAAUCGAUAAAAAUCUAGUAAGACUUUCGAACGUAGUUCUGAAUUCAUUGAAACUCUUUAGAGAAGGCUUGUAAAGUACAAGUUAAUAGAAGUAUUUAUUAAAAAAAAAUUUCGGAAGAAAAAAAAACUGUACGAUAUAAAAGCGUGUGUAAAUGAGCACCAAAAUGAACUUUCUGAAUUGCCUUUUUCAUAUAUUGUUGAGGUGUAGACUUGAAAUUUUUUAUUAAAAAGAAAAAAUAAUAAUUAUUUAUAAAACAUUAAUUUUAUUCCGAGCGCACAAUGCUUAAUAUUAUAGGUGAUAUUUAUGAAUGUUAACUGUAAAACAUUUUGCAUUUAUACUUUUUCU